AUGUUCUCCACACCAACACAUUUAUACUACUACUGUUACAUAUUGAACAUGAAAAUCCUCUCUACCACUACAAUCAAUGCACCAAAUCAAAGUCUUGGCGACUCAACAACUGAUCGCAAAAUCCAUUUGAAUCCGUGGGAUCUCCAAUUCCUCCCUUUUGGAGCCAACCAAACUGCUGGUCUUCUUUAUAAACAUCCGUUAGAAAAAAUUGACACAAUAAUCCAUCAACUCAAAUGCUCUCUUUCCUCCACCCUUGCAUUUUUCCCACUCUUAGCUGGUCGUCUCGAAAUUACGGAACACGAAAAUGACAACACUAUUUCGUGUUAUCUAAAAUGUAACAAUGCAGGUGUACUGUUUGUCCAUGCUGUCGAAAAGAAUGUUGCUGUCGCCGACAUCCUUCGAUCCACAUGCCCUCCUCAAUUUAUCCAAUCACUUUUUCCACUUAAUGGAAUUAAAAACUACGAAGGGACGUCACAACCAUUACUUGCGGUCCAAGUAACAGAGCUAAUUGACGGCAUCUUCCUUGCUUUAACAAUCAACCAUGUCGUCAUUGAUGGUAAGCCAACUUGGAAUUUCAUAAAUUCAUGGGCUGAAAUCUCAAAGUUAAAUGGUUGCCUUCAAAUAUCCAAACAACCAAAACCAACACUUGAACGCUGGUUUCCAAAUGCAAUUCAACUUCCUAUUAGAUUUCCUUUCACAAUAGAGAAAAACCAUGCUGAUAAUGAUGGAAAAGAAAAACUCAACCCACCAGAGAGAUUAUUCCAUUUCACAAAGGAGAAAAUCAUGGAACUAAAGUCGAAAGCUAACAUAGAGGCUGAAUCAAACAAUAUAUCUUCCUUACAAGCACUUCUCACUCAUAUCUGGCGAUCUGUGGUUCUUUCCAGAGGAUUUGACCCACAAGAAGAAGUUCAAUUUAUGAUAGUAAUUGACACACGAUCGAGAUUUUUCCCACCAUUACCAGAGGAUUAUUUUGGAAAUGCGAUUAUACUUUCUGGGGUUAGCAUGAAAGUUGGGGAGCUAUUAAAGGAAGGUGGAUUAGGAAAGGGUGCUCAGGAGAUGAACAAGAUGAUUGCCUCACACACUAAUGAGAAGUUGAAGAAUCACUAUGAGUCUUGGUUGAAAACACCAAGUUUUAUUAGUCUUGGUAGUGUGGCCAAUAGUAAUUCAUUGGUCGUAAGUAGUUCGCCGCGGUUCAAUGUUUAUGAAUGUGAUUUUGGAUGGGGAAAACCUUUGAGAGUUCGAAGUGGGGAUUCAAAUAAAAGAAAUGGAAAAAUUAGUGUGUACCCUGGUGCAGAAGAAGGUAGUGUCGACAUUGAAGUUUGUCUUCCUUAUGAGAUUUUGGAAGCAAUGGAAAAUGAUCCUGAGUUUAUGGGUGUCGUGUCCAACUAAUGUGGCUUUUAAUGUAGAUUGCGGCGAAUGUUAAUUUGGCAAACUAUUGUGUGUACUAUAUGGAACUCUCGUAAUGUCCUUUUUUCGGAAUAAGCUUUUUC